AUGUCUCUGAAGUCUUUCACUUUCAACAAAGUUUCGCUUGAAGAUAAUACAUUCUUGACUUCGGAAUUUUCCGCGGAAGAAAUCAAAGUCGUGGUGUGGAGUUGUGAUGAUUCAAGAAGCCCAGGUCCGGACGAUGUCACCUUUGAUUUUACUAAGGAAAACUGGGAAUUGUCUGCACCAGUGAACAUUAUUGUUGGUUCUCAUGUCUGGGUUGAAGAUCCAACACUAGCAUGGAUUGGUGGUGAAGUUACUAAAAUCAGUGGUGAGAACGUCCAUGUUCGCACCAGAGAUGGGAAAACUCUCAAACUGGUCUCAAAGGAAGAUCCUUGGACGGAGAGGGUGGACUUUCUUAUUGAAAUAAUGGUGUCCUUUUUUGAGAAGCAGCAGUCUCAAAAGGAAGCUAUCAAUGCUCUCCCUCUUUAUUCAAAUGAGCAGAUUAUGUGGGAUGAAAGUGUUGUAUCAUGGACCCCAAAUGCUCUUCCUCUUUAUCCAAGCAUGAAAGUGUUUAACAUUACUCAUUUGGCUUCACUUUUCCUGGGAGUUAAACUUGACAAUGCAACAACUAUAGCAACGUUUGAUCCAAAUGAGAAAACCUACAACAUUAAUGGAAAGGAUGUGCAAGGACACUUCAUGGUGGAUUACAUAUGGCCAGUUAAACCAGACAAUUACUUGGGGCCUCUCACAACCCUAGUAUCUGAUGCACAUAAACAAGGACUGGAAGUGUAUGCUUCUAGUUUUGCGAAUGAUUUCUUUUCAAGCUAUGAUUAUAACUAUGAUCCUACUGCUGAGUACCUACAAUUUAUAGCGAAAGACGAAUGUGUUGAUGGUCUUGUUACUGAUUUUCCUUCAACCGCAUCAAAUUCUAUAGCAUGCUUUGCACUCAACAAUACACUGCCGAAAAAAGGACAACCUUUGAUCAUUAGCAAUAACGGAGCAAGUGGCGUUUAUCUAGGUUCUACCAAUCUUGCUUAUCAACAAGCAAUAGACGACGAAGCUGACAUUAUAGAUUGCUCGGUUCAAAUGACAAAAGAUGGAAUUUCAUUCUGCUCAAAUACAGCAGACCUAAUGGCAGAUACAACUGCUAUGACUAAAUUCAUGUCGCGGACUUCCAAUGUUCCAGAAAUUCAACCAAAUAGUGGAAUUUUCUCCUUCGAUCUCACGUGGAACGAGAUCCAAAGCUUGCAACGUAAUGCUUCCGUUUGA